UGCGACUUUCACGCACGUGUACGCGUGUGUACGAGCUUAGCUGUGGCUCGAAACCACUUUUUUUAAAAAACUUUUAUAAUUUUCCGGUGUUUAUGCCCAUUCUGAGCAGAGCCAAUAAAGAAUCAUAACCAGUGUACAGUUUUGGAGGAUUCAAGCAGCUAAGAAUAAAAAGUUCAUCAGUAACAUUAAAAAAAAAACCGACAUUGAUCGCUUUGUUUUUUUUAUAAAAUAAGAAGAAAUUGUCAUACAAGUAAAUACGUCUGACAAAAUGAAUAAACUAAAAUGGAAAUGGGCUGCUUCGGUCUUGGUAUUGCUUUUCAUCGAGGUUCAAUCAUUUCAUGUCCCAGGAGUUGCAGCUGUUGGAAUAAAAAAAGGUCAGAAAAUAGAUGUGAAAGCUGUCAAAAUGACUAGUACUCAUACGCAACUACCUUACGAAUAUUAUUCGCUACCUUUCUGUUCGCCCGAAAAUGGUACCACAUGUUAUGAGUUGGAAAAUUUAAGGGACUUUUUCAGCAAUGAAGAAAUUGUUAAUACGCCUUAUGAAGUUGCAAUGGCACAAAAUGUAUCUUGCAACAUCCUUUGUCAUAAACCAGCAGAACCUAUGACAUGGAAAGAAAAUGAUUCUUCACUCGUCAUUGAACGAAUUCAACAUGCAUACAUUAUACAUCUAUUGAUUGACAAUUUACCAGCAGCAACUGAAAAAGAGAAUACUAUUGUAUACCCUGGUUAUUAUCUAGGUGGUAUUGAUGAGAAAAAUAGAGUUUAUAUUAACAAUUACUUGAAACUAAAAUUGGCCUACUAUAAACAUGGAGAGAAUGAAUUUAAAGUAGUUGGUUUUGGAGUUGAAGCUUUGUCAGUAGACUAUAAACAAGUAAGCCAUGAUGGUAGUAUAUGUAAAAUUCCACCACAAGCUAGCCCGCAAUAUAUCAAUCCAAAAGAUACUAAAAUUCAAUUUUUUUAUUCGGUUGAAUGGGAAGAAUCUGAUAUUAGUUGGGCUAGUGAAUCAAAAGUUCAUUUUGAACUUUAUUAUCUGGGACAUCAUUUUAUUCCUAUAAUAGUGUCAACUGUAGCUUUAAUUUUCAUGUAUCGCAUUGUAACUAGUAUUAUGACAAAAACUGUAAGAAGAGAUAUAGCAAAGUACAAUGAUGGUGAUAGUGAUAGUCAUGCAAGAUUAGAAAAAGGAACUAUCGAAGAAACCGGGUGGGAACUAGUUCGUGGAGAUGUAUUUAGACCUCCGGCUUACCCUUGUAUUUUUGUUGCUGUUAUUGGUAGUGGCAUUCAAGUAUUUUGUAUGACAUUUAUGACUACCUUUUCUACUAUGCUUGGAAUGUUUUCAUUAACUGAUAUAGCAUUUGCAUCAACUUUCGUGGUUUACCCUUCCUGUAUAUCUGGAAUAAUAGCUGGAUUCAUUUCAGGAAGAUUGUAUAAGUCAAUGCAGGGAAAAAUGUGGAAAACAGCAGCUUUUCUGACUGUAACUUUAUACCCUGGCAUAGUAUUUGGAACAUAUUUUUUCUUUGAUUCUUUAUGGGGGAAAAAUCUUAGAUCAGGAGAAGAUAUGAAAAUGGUUUAUCCUGUCAUUUGGUAUAUUUUUUCCGUACCAUCAGUUUAUUGCGGUUACUUCUUUGGCUAUCGUAAACAACCUUUUACUCAUCCCGGUAAAACUAAUCAGAUACCAAGAGAAGUUCCCGAGCAAUUUUGGUACACGAAUCCUGCAGUGUGUACUCUAAUCGCAGGUAUAAUACCCUUUGGAGUGGUUUUUUACGAAUUUUUUUCCAUUUUGACUGCAUUUUGGGGAAACCAAUUUUAUUACCACUUUGAAGUACUGUUACUAGUUAUUAUGAUCUUAGCAGUAUCUUGUUCUCAAAUUUCUAUUAUUAUGGUUUACAUCCAGUUGUGUAAAGAAGAUUAUAGAUGGUGGUGGAGAAGUUUCAUUGUCAGCGGAGGACCGGCUGUAUAUAUGCUGGCAUAUUCAAUAUUUUAUUUCUUUACAAAAUCAGAAAUAACAGAGCUUGCUCCAACUUUGAUGUAUUUCGGUUACACGAGUCUGAUGGUUAUUACAUUUUGGUUGUUGACUGGAACCGUUGGUUUCUUUGCUGCCUACAUGUUUAUUAGAAAAAUGUAUGCAUCUAUUAAAAUGGAUUAAUUAUCUGAAACAACUUUGUUAGCCAAUAACUAUACUUUUCAUUUGAUAUGAUAAUUUUAAGAUCAAAGUAAUUUACUCAUACAUAUAUUGUAAAAAGAUCAGUAAAUUAUUUUUUUCCAUAUUUCCAUCUUCGUGAAUCAAAUUCUCUGCUAUCCUGUGCAAUAAUAAAAAUUGUAACGCGCAGCAAAGAGCUGCGUAUCGUCACCUCCUAUCCCAUGCGUGAGCGAAAACUCCGUAUUUUAAUUUGCGCAUACGUUCGUAAAGUUUUGCAACUCCCACAUACUAUUACGAUGUGUACCCGGGUAAUGGUUUUCUCGACGCUCGUAUAGCGCCGCGUGCACGCGAAGCUUCAUCAAUGCCUUUUUUGCCUCAUUAGGUAGAAAGUUUGUCCGUAUCGGAUUAUCGAAUUUUUCGGGCACGCGACGCAGCAGUCUAGAGCACGCGC